AUGAGAGGAUACCGGACCAUCAAGUACACUUUGUUCAUCUUCUGCUACUUCUUCUGGGUUGUGAGCGCCGUUCUCACAGCGGUGGGGAUCUACGCCAAGAUCGCCAAGGAGAAUGAUGUUGUCGACACCCUGACACUGGAUCCAGCUCUGCUGUUGAUUGUCGUCGGCUCGGUGAUGUUUCUCAUCACGUUCCUCGGGUGUUUCGGGGCGCUGCGUAAUGCCACCUGCCUGCUGAAGACGUUUCUGGGGAUCCUGGCGACCGUCCUCCUGCUGCAGAUCGCCGCUGGAGUUGUGGGAUACCUCUUCACUGACAUGGUGAUGGAGAGGACAGAGAGGCUGAUGAUGAAGGCCAUCGUCCUCUACAGGGAGGAUCAGGACCUGGAGAACGCCAUCGACUUUAUCCAGAAGAAGUUUCAGUGCUGUGGAGUCGAGGGAUAUAAGGACUGGUCCCAGAACGUCUACUUUAACUGUUCGGACACCAACCCCAGUCUGGAGGCCUGUGGAGUUCCUUUCUCCUGCUGCGUCCACCAACAGAACCAGACGGUGCUGAACACCAUGUGUGGUUAUGGGAUGCAGCAGCUGGAGGAGCUUUCGGCCGUUCAGGACGUCUUCACCGUUGGCUGCCUGGAGAAGAUAGUCUGGUGGGCCAAAAAUAACCUGUUGCUGGUGGCCGGUCUGACUGCCGGCCUGCUGCUGCUCGAGGUCUGCAUGAUCUGCCUGGCUGCUGCUCAGAUCUCCAGGAUAAAGAGAGUCCAACGAAAAAAGGAAGACGACGCGCAGAGAGGCAAUUCAGAAAGAAAGGAGAGUUACUGGUAUCCUGCUUUUGCAGACUUCGAUGACGAAUAAAAUCAGAUCUGAAGCCGAUCGUGGGGACGGACAACAAAAGGUUUUUACUCAUUCUGGGUCAGAUAAAAACUGUGAAUUUAUAGUUUUGGUAAUUCAUUCAUGUGUCUGAGGCUCUCACGGUCAACAGGUUAAAUGUCUCCAGGAUGCCUCAGUGAGGCUUAGAGGUGUUGUUGAGAUGCAGUUAAACCACUACCUCAUGUAAAAUUCUCUCUACAUCACAUUCCUUCUAAAAGUCAUUUUAAAGGCAGGUCAGUUUCUGCACUAAACAGCCCUUUAGCUGCACAUUUAACAUUUGUAAUUUGUUGCAUUGCUUGAGCCCCAACUAUGUGAAAAGAUAUUAUUUUAUAUUAUAAAAUGCUGUUACCUGUACAUUAAUUAAAAUAUAACAUUUUCAGCGUUUUACUCGUACUAAUAUUGUAUGUACUGUGAUGAACAAAGUGUAUUUUCUAAACUGAAUGCGUGCGUCAGUCCUGGUGAGAAUAAAGCUUCA